UCUGUAUCCGCUAAUCAUGUUUCGCUUUGGGCGGGCUCGACGCGCAACAUACCAUUAGAAAAAUACAUCCUGAGUGGAAGUGUUUGACAUGAGGAUAGAGGCAACUGUCAGUCUGAGACGUCAAUAGAUUCACGAAGACGGAUAACUGUACAAAAAUGUCAACAAAGGACGUAUUUGUCAGAUGCCGAAUCUGAUUUUGGGUAUUGUCGCGGCUGUCCAUUUCCAAACGGAAACCACAGCUAGCUUCUGUACUGGACAGCAACACCCGCUAGCUAGUUAGCUUAUUCUCGAUUCCAGGACACGUCUCUUAAUUUAAAAUACAAAACUGAAUGUUGUUUCAGUCAUGAGUCCAGCCGGGUGCUCACAUGUGAACGCUUAUAAGGUGGACAAUUGGAGGCAAAACCUACGAGUCAUAUAUCAAUGCUUUGUUUGGAGCGGGAGUGCUGAAGCCAGGAGACGAAAGGUGCUUCAGAAUGAUGUGAGAUGGACAGCAUUGGCCAAAUCAUGUAUCUGUCACAUGUGCGGCGCCCACCUGAACCGGCUCCACUCCUGUCUCUCCUGCGUCUUCUUCGGCUGCUUCACCAAGAAACACAUCCACGAGCACGCCAAAAACAAACGACACAAUCUAGCAAUAGACUUAUUAUAUGGUGGAAUAUAUUGUUUCGUGUGCCAAGACUACAUAUACGACAAAGAGAUGGAACAGAUUGCCAAAGAAGAACAGAGGAAAGCCUGGAAAUUGCAAGGUGUAGGGGAGAAAUACUCGACGUGGGAGCCUACGAAGCGAGAGCUGGAGUUAUUACGGCACAAUCCAAAGCGAAGGAAAAUCACUACAAACUGCACCAUCGGUUUACGAGGGUUGAUCAACCUGGGCAACACGUGCUUCAUGAACUGCAUCGUCCAGGCCCUCACCCACACCCCCCUGCUGCGCGACUUCUUCCUGUCCGACAGGCACAAGUGUGAGAUGCAGUCCAACUCCUGUCUGGUGUGUGAGAUGUCACAGCUCUUUCAGGAGUUCUACUCGGGCCACCGUUGGCCCCACAUUCCCUUCCGGCUGCUGCACCUGGUGUGGACUCACGCACGUCACUUAGCGGGCUACGAGCAACAGGAUGCCCACGAGUUCCUCAUCGCAGCGCUGGAUGUGCUGCACCGCCACUGUAAAGGAGACACCACCCGAGACGACAACGGGAAGAAGGCCAACAAUCCAAACCACUGUAGCUGCAUCAUUGACCAAAUUUUCACUGGCGGCCUCCAAUCAGACGUCACCUGUCAAGUCUGCCACGGUGUGUCCACCACGAUAGACCCAUUCUGGGACAUCAGUCUGGACCUGCCGGGCUCGUCCACUCCCUUCUGGCCCCUUAGCCCCGGGGGAGACGGCUCAACGGUCAACGGAGAGAGCCACCUUUCAGGGGCCACCACGCUCACAGACUGUCUACGCAGGUUCACUCGGCCUGAGCAUCUAGGAAGCAGUGCCAAAAUCAAAUGUGGAGGUUGCCAUAGUUACCAGGAGUCCACCAAACAGCUGACGAUGAAGAAGCUCCCCAUCGUGGCGUGUUUCCAUCUCAAACGGUUUGAACACUCUGCCAAACUGAGGAGGAAGAUCACCACCUACGUCUCCUUCCCUCUAGAGCUGGACAUGACACCUUUCAUAGCUUCCAGUAAGGAGAGCAGGAUGAAUGGCCAGUAUCAACAGACAGUAGAAGUGUUAAACAACGACAAUAAGUAUUCUCUGUUUGCGGUGGUGAACCACCAGGGCACCCUGGAGAGUGGUCACUACACCAGCUUCAUCCGCCAACACAAGGACCAGUGGUUCAAGUGUGACGACGCCAUCAUCACGAAGGCCAGCAUCAAGGACGUGUUGGACAGUGAAGGGUAUCUGCUGUUCUAUCACAAGCAGUUCCUGGAGUAUGAGUAGCCUUACCUUGUAGACCGCUGACUCUGCGGAGAACCAACCAACCCAACGCUCAAAGAGAUGAGGAACCAACCAAUGACUGUGGAACAGAGGACGAUAAAACACGAACACACAAACCUACCUGAAACUCUGACUAUACCAGUUACUACUACCCCCACUGACAGGGGUGACAGUCUAACAUAAACAAUGACUAAUAGUGAAAAAUCAUGCAAAACUUGUUCAAAAACAGCACUGAGCUCCCGGCAUCUACUUGACACAACUGAAUGGAGAAAGAGAAUGAGGAAAAGUGGAGUGGUGUGGGUGGGAAGGAGCCCUCCCUCUCUCUCCCUCACUCCGCCCCUUUUCUGACGUUGGGGCGGAGCCUUGUCGAGAGUGAUUGACAGUUCUGUGGAGAGGAAGUAGGAGGGAAGAGGGCACAGUGGGACUCAAACCCCCAAAACUACAGUAUUGAAUUGUGAAUUCUUGUUUCUUUCCUCAUGGUGCUCUCGUUUCCACUGAAAAGCAUUUACCAUACAGUCACGAUGGGAGGAGACUGUCCAACGUCUACAUAUGCAUACACAACUAAAUGCAAAAAAUAUAUAUACUUCAACAACAAAACAAAGUAUGGUAUUAUUUCAAAUAAAAUAGCAAGCGAGAUCUAGUUAUGAUUCUUAUCAUUUGAAUUUAGUUCUGGAAUAUGCUGUAUGAUCCUCGAGUACAUCUAUUUUUUUGAAAGCGGAAAAGUGAGAGAACUGAGAGCACGAGACGCCAUCCUUGCUAGUUUCCUGGUAAACAUAGCCAAACAUGAAAAAUGGACUUGGAGCAAACUGAACAUACCCAUGUUCAAACUAUUUUGUUGUUGAUUAUUUUCUUCUUUCAUUUUGGUUGAGGGAAUAUCAAUUUUUUUAUUUACCGACUCGUUCAUUGAAAUUCUUUGUACCAUUUCUUUCCAGUGUCCACGUUAAUCUCACCGUUCUGUUUUGUUGCGGUGCAGUAAUGUCCCUUCCUUGCUGCCAUGGUACCUUCAGAAGACGUUAUUUCGAUGUAGUAUUCUUUAUCGUGGAAAGUGUUGUUGGGUAUAUAAUGAUGGUGGUGAUUUAAAUUGGCUCACUUUGGGCUGUUGACAUUUUUGAGCUAUAGGUUUCUAUAGGUUUCUUGUGGCAUUAUGAAGUAGAGGCAAUGUAUUCUCUGUAGCUUGGUCCCAGAUCUGUUUGUGCAGUCUUGCUAAAACUCUUAUAGUAGCUGGGAAGCCAUCACAAACAGAUCUGGGACCAGGCCAUGGCUAUCAGACUGCUGUGGGUCUUUUUAGAAGACCUCUGCAACACAGUAGGGUGGAUACCUGGGGCAAAUUGCUUGCUAUUCCCCAUAUACUGCAGGGACAAAUGUAGUUCUCUAGGGAAUAGUGGGCCAUUUCAAACACAGACCUCUAGAGUCUGUCAACUAAAGCGAUGUGCUAACGUAAGCCUACUGCAACACAGCUGUGCAGGUCUAGGGCAAAACUGAAAUGGCUCACUAUUCCCUAUAUAGUGCACUACUUUUUAAUUCUGUCCAAUAGUUGUGCACUACAUAGGGAAUAGUGUGCCAUUUUGGACGCAUGUCCAUCUCUGUCUUAAUGCCGCCUUGGGCAAUAAUACCUCGACGCCUACACCUCUUCUGUUACAAGACUCCGUUGACUGAUUUGUGUACUGUUGUUGGGGGGGAUAAAUGGCGAUGAUGAAGGAUUGCACGUACACGGUGGCGCUGUCUGUUUGCUGCACACUCUCCAGCUUUGAAUCCAUCAGUGUUCUCUUAAUAUCCACAACAACAACCACAUGUGGCUUGUUCAGACCAAGGUUGUGUUCAUUAGGCACCAAAUAGAGAACUCACAAACGGGGAGGGACUGCUUGGGCUUGUCCAAUGAGAAACGCUCAUUUAAAUGUUCCGUGGCAAAACGUUUGAAAACGUUAUCCAUUGCGUGCCCUGAUGUGCACGACCCAAUGUGACUUGUGGUAGGUUGCCUCUGCAGUGCAGUAACACAGUGCUCUAUCCUAUCAGUAUGCUGUCUGAAUUCUGAGUCUAAAAAGAAAGAACACAAAUGUGUUGUUGGGUAUUUUAUGUUUGAAUAUCACUGUGUAUGUAAAGUUUUAAAAAAGAAAUGUGUGAAAAUGUAUAGCACAUUGAUACCGCAACACUUUGGGUUCUGGUCCAGCUGCUCGGGAAACAAACAAUACAAAGAAAUAAAACAUAUCUAUCCUCUG